AUGAGAGCUGUAGUUGCAAGAAAUCUCGAAGGCAGGGGAAUUAAUUUACAUCCAAGGACCAAUUUGACGCAGUUGAUCAAAACAGAAAAUGGCAUUAAAGUUAUUACAGAUCAUGGCGAGGAGCUGAUUGCAGAUGUUGUACUAUUUGCCACUGGUAAGCAUACUAUAGAGAAGAAAUAUCGUUAUGUUGAGAUUAAUAAUUCUGCUACUCCAGGGAGGGCUCCUAAUUCUAAGAGGUUGAAUUUAGAAGCUGUAGGUGUUGAGCUUAACAAUGCUGGAGCAAUAAAGGUGGACGAGUAUUCGCGCACAAGCAUACCUAGUAUAUGGGCUGUGGGUGAUGUCACAAACCGAAUGAAUCUUACUCCUGUGGCCUUGAUGGAAUCAUCAUGUUUUGCAAAAACAGUAUUUAAUGGGGAAUCAUCCAAGCCAGACUACAGUAAUAUUGCCUGUGCAGUGUUUAGCAUUCCACCACUCUCUGUAGUUGGUCUUAGUGAGGAGCAGGCAAUAGAGCAAACCAUAGGUGAUCUGUUGGUUUUCACCUCGACCUUCAAUCCUAUGAAAAAUACCAUCUCUGGGCGACAAGAAAAAACUGUUAUGAAGCUUGUUGUUGAUGCUCAGACAGAUAAGGUUCUUGGAGCCUCGAUGUGUGGACCUGAUGCACCUGAAAUUAUACAGGGUAUUGCUAUUGCGUUGAAGUGUGGAGCUACCAAGGCACAGUUUGAUAGCACGGUGGGCAUACACCCAUCUUCUGCCGAAGAAUUUGUAACCAUGCGGACGGUGACAAGGCGCGUAACUGGAAGUGGUAAACCCAAGACCAAUUUGUAA